CCAACAGCUGGCAGUUUUACAAUUCACUCCAGAUCUAACAAUCACAUAAUGGCAAAAAAACGAUCUCGAACAGCAAAGGAUGCAAAAGACGCAGCACCUCGAGACCUUGCACCGACCCAGGGCAGCGGAAUUCAAAAGGACAUGCCGCGCAAAUACCGCAAUCUACUAGCCGCAGAGAAAUUCUCAAAGCGAGGGAAGAAUGUUACUGGGAAAAAUGAUAACCAGUCAGAAGAUCGCAGGCCAGGCGAAUCCUUGGGCGACUACAGUAAACGUGUAGAUGACAAGGUUCGAUCUCUCGUAAACACUGCAGUCAAAUCUGUCAGCAAGACCCGACAAAAAAAGAAGGAAUGGCUGGCGAAGCGAAAGGCAAAAUCAACGUCAAAGCGAAAAGGGCAAGCCUCAGAUGAUGAGGACGACCGUCGAUUGGGGAAGGAUAAUGUCAAAUUCGGAACCGUUGCAAUGCAGCCCCCUUCUAUCACUGCUGUCCCCAAGCAACGUGGCAAUAAUCAGGCCGCAGCGAUUGCCGCACUACAAAGGCUCGAAAAUGCAAGAGCAGAAAAGGAACAGGAAUCACAGCCAAAGGACACUGAGGUGAUAAAUACUGUUGGAAGGAAACGAAAAUUAAAAACCCUUCCAGAGGUGGAGCGAAUAGCGAUAACAAAUGAGAGAGAGAGGGCCAUUGCUCACUACCGAGCUAUCAAGGGAACGCUAACUGCGGAGAGACCCGAAGAGGAAGAUUGAUUUGCACUUGUAAAUAAGCAAGAACACCUGUAUAUAGUUUUCAUAGAAUAAGUUCACCGCACGAUGGCAAGCAUGAUUCGGCAUAUGCUACAAUGAAGGGGCAGUUGGGGGAUUAUGCCAGAGAAGCACAGCAGAACGAAUCCAAAAAAAGUUCGAACAGUAGCGUAUACAAAACUAUGAACAAAAAUUAAAUUCUACAAGAAACAAAAAUAACCAAGUUCCC